AGUAAAUAGAGAGUUUGGACAUAUAACUCUUUUGUCAAAACAGAAAAAUGACUUCGUGGGUCAAAACAAUUACCACUCCUUUUAGAAAAGCUCGUACUUUUUUCAAUAAUCAACAAUCACCAAGAGAUUCACCAAGGGAAAAGAAGUCACAAGAAGAAGGUUCAGAGAACCAUGUAGUAGAUUUGCAGGGUGAAGUAAUGGCUUGUGCAUAUGAAGAUGUUCAGGUGAUGUGGUCAAUUUUAGACAAGUCCAAAGCAAUCAGAACCUGNCCCCACCCCGAAAAAAAACCAAAAAUAUAUUGA